GGAGUCCAUGGGCCGCUGGGGGUUGGGGGCAGCGGUUCUGAGAGGCCCGAGAGUCGGCUAUGGAGCCGCGGCGGGAGGGGAGCGAGGCAACCGGACCCGAGCGGGAGGAGCCCGCCUGACCAGAGCGCCCUGACGACGGGACAAUGACCGCAGGGAGCCCCGGAGCCCGCGGGGAGGCACAGAGCCCGGAGUCCCCCGGUCUGCCUUCGGCCCCAGCCCGAGCCCUACGCCGCCUGGGCCGCCGCCGGCGCCUGGGCCGUCGCCGCUGCUCCCAGCCUGAGCUGCUGGGGCUGCGGGCUCGGUUGCGGCUGCGCUCGCCGUCGGGGGCCUUCGCGGCACUGGGGGCGCUCGUGGUGUUGGUGGGCAUGGCCGUGGCCGUGGCGGGCUACUGGCCCCACCGCUCGGGGACGCUGGGGGCCCGUGCGGCCAAUGCCACAGCGCCGGCGGAGCUACGACGGUCGAGCCGUCCCCCGGGCCCUUCCGAAAAGCUGAGGCUCCUGGGACCCGUGGUCAUGGGCGUUGGGCUCUUCAUCUUCAUCUGCGCCAACACGCUGCUCUACGAAAAUCGUGACUUAGAGACCCGACGGCUCCGCCAAGGGGCAUUGCGGGCCCAGGCACUGCGACCUCCCGAUAGCCCUGCCUGGGACUGCCAAUCCAGGACUGCCCUGCCACCCGGGGGGGCCUGGCCGCCCGAGAGGAGAGACUUCUCGCCCCGUCGGGGCGCUUCCCCCGCCCUGUCCGUGCGGAGCCUUCGUUCGGAACCCCCGAGUCUGAGGCCGGCCCUGCCAGCCCCACCGCUCACCAGGUGGUCGCUGAGGGCCCCCGGGCCGCGGGGGGAGCCCUCCCCACCCUGGAGCCCCCGGGGCAGGUUGGGACACGUGGUCAUCGCUGUGCAGCCGCAGGUUCUUGCAGGACACUCCAAAUCUCUUGACUUGGGUCGAGGAGAGGUGAUGCUGGGCACGCCGUCCAGCCGCGAUCGCGCACACCGCAGCUGGCCCCGCCUGGACCUGCUCAACCUGGGCGGUUAUACCAAACUGGACGGCGGUGGGGACUUAGGGGCUCGGGUCUGAAGGGCUCCAAGCUCAUACUUCUACCAACCGGCAGUGUGUGCCCAGCGUGGUGUGAGUAAGACUGAGGUGUCGGGAUCCCAUCACAGCGUCUGCCCGACGCUGGAGCUGCCAUCUAGCCCUUGAGCUCGCCCCGGGGCUGCCAUCGAUUGUUCUGCAUACCCCAGGAUGUCCUGGGUCUGACUUGGCAAGGAGAGCCCGAAGCCAGACCAGCGGCUGCUCCAGGCCUGUAGCAAUGCUGGAGAAUGAAUUUCGGGAAGGGGCCGGACUUGAAACUAGCAAGUUCUUCCUGCUGGCCCCAUUGGCCUUGGUCACCUGCGAAGCUGCCUGCCCAAGCCAAGCCAGAGCCCUGGGCUGAGCCCCGAGUUAGGGUGGGGGUUGCGGAGAACCGAGACAAGCACUGCGGUUCAGGGGUUGCUGCUAGGGUCUAGGAGUUCGGGAGCCAUCAGGCUGCCUCCUGCUUUCUGUCCUUGCAGGGAACUGAUGUACUUUAGGGAAACAGGCCCAGACCCCAAGCCUCUUCCUCAGGUUGCCCCCCACCCCCACCCCUCAGCUCUAAGGACCGCUGUAGCCACACUAGCCCUAAUCUCUGAGCUCUGCCCCUCCGAGCCCAACCCCCUCCCCCAAGGAAGCACCUCCCCGUUCUACUGGGGCCUAGUUCCAGUUGGCCUGGAAUAGUGGCCGCUUCUCAGAAAUCCUUUACGACUCACUUGGAGGCCGCCUUCUUGGCAUCAGGACCCAGAACCAGGGCCAGAUUUGGGUCCCCUUCCCACCAUUCCAUUUUUGCUAGUCCCCAUAGGAAACAAGAGACCAAGUCUUUGUUUGAAAAUUUAUUGAAAAAGUAAUACAAGCAGCAAGACGGACCCAGAAUGUCUAAACACUAUCACAACCUACCCUGCCUCUCACUAAAAUCCCAAAUAGCAGAUCCAAUCAUCACUUAAUUCAAUCUAAGGAUUUUCCCAUUUCGAUUCUGCUGCCAUAGCUCCUACUUCAUCAAGAAAUGUAAACAGCUAUUCAAUACAAUUCAUCAUUGUGAGUUUUUGUUUUUAAUUUACAAACCUUCAUUUCUUUCUUUGCAACUAAAAUAAUACACCUGAAACUGAUUUGUAGAAACCAAACCUAGAUUAGAUCAAGUUGGUGGAAUUGGGUCUGGAGAGAGGAAAUCGGCCAGUGCUGGGAGCUUGACAAGUCUCUCCUCUCCCGCCCUGCACUCCCACCCAACUGCCCUGGAUGCUGAGCAGCCUAAGAUGCUGUAAACAGAUGCUCCUGCUGGCGUGUGGCUGGGGGGCUGGGGGGGGGGGGGCGGCAGAUCCAUCCCUGCAGUCUCACCUUGGGUGGAAGAGAAUAAAACUGUAGAGAAA